AUGGGUAAUAAGUUAGUGGGGAGGAAGAGGCAAGUGGUGGAAGAAAAGUAUACAAAGCCACAAGGUUUGUAUAUGAACAAAGAUGUUGACAUUAAAAAGCUUAGGAAACUGAUUCUUGACUCUAAGCUUGCUCCUUGUUACCCUGGUGAUGAUGAAAGCUGCCAUGACCUUGAAGAAUGUCCCAUUUGCUUUCUGUACUAUCCUAGCCUCAAUAGAUCAAGAUGUUGCAUGAAAAGCAUUUGUACAGAGUGUUUUUUGCAAAUGAAGAAUCCUAAUUCUGCUCGGCCUACUCAGUGCCCCUUUUGUAAAACACCCAACUAUGCUGUUGAGUACCGUGGAGUAAAGACAAAAGAGGAGAAGGGCAUUGAACAAGUUGAGGAGCAACGGGUUAUAGAAGCCAAGAUAAGAAUGAGGCAGAAAGAAAUGCAGGAGGAUGAAGAGAAAUUGCAGAAACGUUUGGAAUCAUGUUCCUCUAGCACAAGUGCAUUGACUGGUGAAAUGGAAUAUGGUUCAGCUUCAGCUACAUCUUAUAAUUCUCCCAUGGAAGAUGCAGAAACUGCUUCAUCUCAGAACACAUCAGCUAGACAGCGAGGAAGCAGGGAUGAUGAGGUUGAUGUUGACCUUGAAGAGUUAAUGGUCAUGGAAGCAAUAUGGCUCUCCAUUCAGGAAACAGAGAGGGAGAGAAGUUCAGGUUGUGGUGAGAUGGCACCUUCUAGGCAGUAUGUAUCAGAAGAAGAUCAUAGUUAUGUAGAACCAGCAACGCCGUCUUCAUCGUCUGGUGGGCUUGCUUGUGCAAUCUCUGCACUUGCUGAACGCCAGCAAAUGGUUGGAGAAUCCUCCAAUCACAAUGUCAACGUUUCAUCAUACAGUAUGCUUCCUGGUAACUGCGACAGUUACUACGACAUAGAACAAGAGGUAGAUGACAUUGACCACCAUCAUAAUCAUUACCAUAACAACACUGAGAUGGUAGAAACAGGGAGCAACAACAUCUAUGUAAACUCGUACAUGAACGGAGAGAGCUUCCUCCACAACUUUCCUCCCCCUCCUCCACCUAUGGUCAUUGUUCCAGAGAGUUUUGAGGAGCAGAUGAUGAUGGCUAUGGCUGUGUCUUUGGCAGAGGUUCAUGCCACGACCACCACAAGUGCACCAACUGAAGUUAGUUGGCAAUAA